AUGUUUUCUAUUUCGGUUGUAUUCCCUAUUAUUGUGAGCGUGUGCUUUGGUGCACCCCAACAGUCUCCAAUCGUGCAAAAUUCAGCUCAGCACCCUGGAGCUGCGACUCCUGGUCAACCAGGUGGUGAUGCUACACCUAUAGCUAUUAUAAAUCAAACUGCAGACAGCAACCCUGCUGAUGGAAGCUUCCAAUUUAGUUUCGAAACAGCAAAUGGGAUAAAAAUAGAAGAAAAAGGUUACCUAAAAGACGGUGCUAAUUCAUCCGAAAAAAUUCAAGUAAUCGAAGGGAGUGUUUCCUAUACAGACAAUGAAGGAAACCCUGUUAAUUUGAGAUACAUUGCUGACGAAAAUGGUUACCAACCAGAAGGAGAUCACAUUCCCAAAGCACCGGAAUCCCCACUUGGAUCCCAACCAGACGCAGCUCAAUCCCCUUCUAGUCGACCAGCUCAAACAGCUCAGCCUGCUCAAUCUGGGCCACUGGCAGUGGGUGCCGCAGAAGUUGAGCAAUCUUCGCUUGCAACUAACUAA